CUAGGAUGUCGAUGCGCCGUCGAGGACUGACUUAACCCCGCUCACCCGGCGCGAUAUGGUUAUACUUGAGCAAAGCAUGAAACACAGCAUGGACACCAGAAUGUCCGAACUCGUAAGCAGUAUCUCGCAAUCAUUGAAACUGUCGGUAGAAGCCGGCAUACGAUCCGCAAUGUCUGCGAGAGAUUCAGCGGAGGCUCCCGUAGCCCACGAGUCAUCAUCGUCAUCUGGGAAUGCAACCGGUGCUUCUUCUUCGAGUGCACCGACGGUCAAAGGGCAUGCUAGUUCCCGGAGAUACAAGGGCGAUGAUGAUAUGGCUGACGACGAGAUGGACAUGAUGCCGGACAACACACGCUUACCUACCAAUCAUCGCCAGCGCAAGAGGAAGGCUCCGGAGGAGAAUACGUUCAAGGAUUGCAUACGUACCCACGCUCUUCGUUUGAUGAAACGUGAUACACACAAGUCCCCGUUCGCCAACAUCCCGUCUGCAGAGCAGAUCGCAGCCUUCGACCCCAGCAGCGGCCGCGAGUGUUGCAGCGCGGAUAACUUCUCUUAUGACAUACACGCUCGACCUUCGUCUGCUUGGAAUCUAUCUACAGCGAGAGUCUUCGCAGCGGACUUCAAGGCCCAGUAUCCCCGGAUAGAAAAGUCGGAGGAUGAAGUGAAACAAGCUUGGAUGGCCCACACGGACACUCUGCGCCGGCAGUAUCGAGACCAGGCGAUAGCGCAAUCCGAGGCUCUGUACGAGCAGAAGCGUCACAGGCAGCAGGAACGGAAACGGCAGCUUUUUCAGAGAAGACGCAACGUUUCGGUAUCGUUGCUUUCUACGAGGGCCACGGAACUUGUAGAUGCGCUUGGCGUUCAUGGUAUGAGCACCGAUGAGUCCGAUCACGAAGCUGGGAGAGGGGAAGCCACGUACUUCAUACGUUCCAAGACUUGGCGCUCUGCAGAACUUCAAACAUGGCUACGCACGCUCGAUUCGCUUCACCUAUGGACGCGCUACAGAGGAGGCUUCAAGGCUUCACAGGGCGGUUGGCCGCACUUUCGCGUGGCUAGUCAACACCCCUGUACCCGCCCUCCCAUCGUUGGACUCCCCACAAAUUGCUACGCCCCAUCUCUCCUGCAGCGAUACGACACGUUCAAAUUGAAGUGGCUAAGCCCUCUACCGAACAACAUUGACCUGAAGCACCCUGAUCCGAUCAUUGAAACGGCGAGACUGUACGACCUCGCGCACAAAGUCUUGGUUACUGGGCACUUCGAUCCUGAGAGGCCUGGCCGAGAGAAUACGCCAGGUGCCGAUGCAAGAACUCAACAGUGAGAGCCUUCCGUAGAGCGAUUGCUCAGGUUCUUUCGACCGGACAUUCGAACUGCAGGCUUUGCCGACGCACGAGAUGCUCUCCAUAUAUUUCAUAUACGAU